UCUUCCGGGGGUCGCGAGGCUCCCGGAAGUUGUUUUCCGGUCGGGGUGUUUGAUAGCGGUGCCUGGGGCUGAGGGUCGCAGCUGCCUCUUCCCCGCUCGCUGUGUGACCCCUGAGAGCUGCAGGACCCUUGGCUGGGACCCCGGGUCACCCCGGAAGCUGAGAAUGGAGGCAGUGACCUUGAAGGACGUGGCCGUGAGCUUCACCCCGGAGGAGUGGGCGCUGCUGGCUCCAGCUCAGAAGCAGCUGCACAGCGACGUGAUGUGGGAGACCCUGAGGAACCUGGUUGCCGUGGAAGGAAGACGUGAAGACCCAGGCAUUGGAGAGGAGUGCCAAGGGCAGAGGAAGAAUCUAAAAAAUCAAGUAAUAGGAAAACUUCGUGAAUAUAGCAGAAGCAGUCAGUGCGGUGAAAACUUCAACCAGACACCAGAGCAUGUGGUAAAGAAGAAAGCUCCCCCUGGAGUUCCACCGUCCGAAGGCUGCUUUUUGGGAGAGGCCCACAUUAGUUUCUCACCCCAUGAGCUGACCCUUAAGGGUCACACUUAUUUCAGACUUCAUGAGAAUCAAGAGAGCCCUUAUCACCGUAAGGAAAGUGGGAAAACCUUCAGUUAUCCCCAAGACUUUCAGAAGACUGAAAGAAUUCAAAUUGGAGAGGAACUCCAUGAGUGUAGGCAACAUGGGAAUGACUUUACUUACUACAGUGUACUGCAAAGACCUAAAAGAAUUCACAGUGGAAGGAAAUGCCGUGUAUGUAAGCACUGUGGGAAGAUCUGUAGAAGUUACAGCUCCCUUCAAAUACAUGAAAGGAUUCACACUGGAGAGAAACCGUAUGUGUGUAAGCACUGUGGGAAAGCUUUCAGCCGUUCAGGUGGCCUUCAGACACAUGAAAGAACUCACACUGGAGUGAAACCCUAUGUGUGCAGGCAGUGUGGGAAAGCCUUCUCACACCAGAGCUCCCUUCAGUACCAUGAACGGGCUCACCGUGGAGAGAAACCCUACGUGUGUAACUACUGUGGCAAGGGUUUUGUGUGUUCCGGUGCCUUUCGAAUACAUGAAAGGAUUCACACUGGAGAGAAGCCUUACAUUUGUAUAGAAUGUGAAAAGCUUUUCUUGUCUUACAGUGCCCUUCAACAACAUAAGAAAGUUCAUACUGGGGAAAAACCAUGUGUCUGUAAGCAGUGUGGGAAAGCCUUCCUUUGGGCAAAAAAUCUUCAGAGACAUACAAAACUCCACUCUGCAGAGAAAUUAUAUGAGUGUAAACAGUGUGGUAAAGCCUUCCGUUGGGAAAAUAGUCUUCAGAGACAUGCCAAGCUUCACUCUGGAGAGAAACUAUAUGAAUGUAAGCAGUGUGGUAAAGCCUUCCGUUGGGAACGUGACAUUCAAAGACAUGAGAAAGUUCACAUGGGAGAGAAAUUACCUGAGUGUGAGCAGUGUGGGAAAUCCUUCCUUUGGGAAAGUGCUUUUCACAGACAUAAGAGAGUUCACAGUGAAGAAAAACCAUAUCAGUGUAAGCAAUGUGGGAAAUCCUUCCUUUGGGAAAGUGCUUUUCAUAGACAUAAAAGAGUUCACAGUGAAGAAAAACCGUAUGAGUGUAAGCAGUGUGGGAAAGUCUUCCGUUGGAAACGAGGUUUUGACAGACAUAAAAGAGUUCACACUGAAGAGAGGCCUUACAAGUGUAAGCAGUGUGGGAAAGCCUUCCGUUGGGAAAAUAAUUUUCAAAGACAUAAAAAAGUUCACAGUGGAGAGAAAUCAUAUGAAUGUAAGCAAUGUGGGAAAACCUUUCUUUGGGAAAGUAGUUUUCAACAACAUAAAAAACUUCACAGUGGAGAGAAACUGUACAAGUGUAAGGAAUGUGGGAAAGCCUUCCUUUGGGAAAGGAGUCUUCAUAGACAUAAAAAAGUGCACAGUGGAAAUAAACUAUAUGAAGUAAGCAGUGUAGGAGAGCUUUCUCUUGUCCUGCUAGUCACUUAAAAAGCCAUUAAAAGUGCUAGAGAUACAGCUCAGCAGCACAGCCCCUGCCUGGCAAGCACAAGGUCCUGAGUUCAAUUCCCAUUACCAAAAACAAUUAAAAACCUCACAAUGAAGACUAAGCUGAGCAAUCUGGAAAGUCGUGCAGAUUGCCCAUUCCUCUAAUACAUGUGAUCACUCACUGGAAAGAAACCAUCUGCGUUUGCCAUGUGUGAAAGCCUGUAAUUGUCAUACUUGUUUUUACAGAGGAGCUCAUAGCUAAGAGUAAUCCCAGAUAAACCGUGAGAAGGCCUCAUGUUCAGAAUACUUUUCUUGUGUUCGUGGGGCUGCACAGGAGAGGCCUUCUAUUAAUACAAAGCAUGUGGGAAUGCCUUUACUCACCUUACCUGAGCCACAGCUGUAACGUGUUAGUGAAAAACCGUGACGUGAAGAAAUGUGCCGAAGUAUUUAGCAUGUGUUUGGAUGCACACUGGCUCCAAACCUUGUAAUUGUGAAAAAAAGAGUUGUCAGUUGUGAAAAGUUGUGUUAAAGUCAUAUGAAAAUUCCUGAUACAGGAGAGUCCUAUAAAAGUGACAGAGUUCUAUGCAAAGUAAUCCGUGUGGCAUGCUUUAGAAAGCACACGGUGAGCAACACUUGCUGAGACUCUCAUUGCAUAUGUAAAAUGAUCCAUUUUUAAUAGAGGCCUGUGGGGUACAUGUUUCAAAUUGUGCUUCUAGAUGUCACACAGACCAGCGAGAUGCCUCCCUGUGGUGCUGCUACUGGGGAAGGAGAGGUGGGAGAUCAGUGGAGCCCACUAGUUAGGUGCAGAAUUCCAGCUUGUUAAAUAGAAACAGCAACAUUGCCCGGCGUGGAAGCACUUGGGAGGCUGAGGCAGGAGAAUGGAUAUGAGCUCGACACCAGCCUGCGCUACAAAGUGAACUCGGGGCCAGCCUGAACUGCACAUCGAGACCCUGCCUCAAAGACAGAAAACAAAAAUGAAAGCAAAAUAUCAUUAGUGCAUUAAGGUGAAAGUAUUCUGAAAGUUCAAAAAAAUGCAUGAUUUUGGAAAAUGAACCAAUAAACUUUGUCUUGACUUGACAUUUUGAACUGUUUUGCAUUCAUGGGCAAAUUGAAACCUCUUCAAUGUGCUGCAUCCUGGAGAUGAACAAAUGUCUUCUUUCUCCAUCUAGAAGAGAGCUCUAUAUUCUCAAUACAGAUUCACUGUCUAACUGCUGAGCAUCUCUGAUACGGAGUCAUUAGUAUGCAGUGUUUUCCCAUUGUACUUUAUAUGCAAAUAUCUCAAAACCUUACACAGGGGUUGUAAUUUGUCUUUUGCUCACACAAAAGAUGUAUUAGGCCAAGUACUUAUCAGAGACCACCUGGACUACAGCUUUGUUACAUGAUGUGUAAGGGUUAUAAUAAGCCUGUGCACUCCCCACAUCUGACUGUACAGCACUGACCACGGGCUUUGUGACAGGUGCAGUUUUAGGAUGUUCGCUGCUGCUCACUGGUACAGCGUUCCCCUCAGUCGGAUGUACUGAGCAGUGAACACUCUCUGUAAUGGUUUUCAUCCACAAGUUUCCAUUCAGUGCACCACUCUAGGAAAUGUAAAAUCUUUGUGUAACUUGCAUCAGAUGUUAUCACUAGCAUAAGAUUGGACAGAAUCCUAUACUGUGAUGUGUAUUUUAGAGUUAAGUGUUUUGUCAUAGUUUAUUGCACAUAAUCAGCUCCAGGGUGUUUAAUUUUCACACCAAGUCUACGAUGUUCCUCGUAUCAGUUAUAAAUAAAAAUCCAGCUAUUCCUUGA